AUGACGGAGCUCGGAUCUUACUGUCCGGUACCGGCAAAUCUGUAUGACGAGGACUUUGACGAGUCUUCAUCGAAGCUACCUCCUCCCCGCCCUCUUGGCGAUCUGACAGACAACCUCUACCAGAUACAUCUUGCUAUGUCUCUUCCACAUCGAAUCAGGGCUUCUUCGCUUGUACAGCGCUCGAUCCCCGAUGUCAACGAGGCGAUUGAGAUAGGGCACCACUCCUCUUCGGCUAUCAGGAAUAUCAAGCAAGAAGUCGCAGAGGCCUGGCUACAAUGUGUCGAUUCAUCGGUGGCCAUACUCUCUUAUUCAAACUUCUAUUACCCUCAAGCACUUGAAGAUACAUCACCGUCACAGGAGGAUCUUUACUUCUGGUUGUGCAAAAAAGACACUUUGUGGUCUGCUCUCACAGUAUGCCAACGCAUCAAACAUCUCCGUCAGGCCAGCUCGAAUGGCCAGUAUCUAGAGCAACGAAUGUCCGGGCACAACGAACACAUACUCAUCGCCAAGGUAGAGCAGACCAUCAACUACCUCAUCGCGAGAUUGGGUCGUGGCAAAGCAGAUGAUCUCAAGGACAUCAUUUUCCUGUCGCUGGCGCUCAAAUGCGUACAGCUACCCGAAUCAUCCCCGGGACGACUUUAUGAGCUCUAUUCUACCACCAGGGGAAUAAUGACUGCUUGCAUGGAGCAGCUGUUACCACCCAAGCUUACCGCCAGCGGUCAUCAGCAUGAACGAGACGACGCCGAGUCACUAGCUAAGCGCACGAAAUCGUCCUCAAUACGCCCACCUCCAAAAGUUACGCCUACAUGGCCUGUCAGUUCGAAGCAAACGCCCGACCCGCUUCCAGCAACCCAUGGGCCAGGAAUCCGUGGAGAGACUGCCGAGCAAUACCUCAACGACUUUGCUGGGCUCGCCGCGGAGUUUGCCGAUUGCCAGACCGAUAUGUUUAGUCUCCACGCUGCUUUCGGUGGUGGCGUGGUGCAAGACUGGAAUUGCGACCACCUCUGGCAGUAA